GUGAUGGAGGUUGCAGAUCAGAUCAUGGCUGCGCCAAAAUUCCUUCGACAUCCUUGGCUGCGCAGUGUGCUUUACUAGCGAUCAGAAUAGGGGCGGGACAUCUGUGAACAGGAGCUUUCGUUGGAUAAACAUGCUCAUCCUCUUCUGUAGCUUGUGUCUAGUUUUCGUGACCUGUUGGAGACUAGGUAGCAAUUGCAGUGGAGGAGCAUUGUCUCAGGGAAAUAUAUUUUUCGUAUUUGGGAUGUAAUUGUAGGGGUGUAGGGAGGUAGUCUCUACUCCGUCAUUGCUGCUGUGCCGAUUCUCUGGCGAGUGUGCGUGUGGAUUAGGUUUUGCACCCUAGAUACAAGGCUGUGAGGGUCGAAGGAGGGAUGGCGUCUAGUGGGGGGAGAUCCAGGACUUCGCCGGAUGGGACGUCCCAGAGAAGAGGACAAGCGUGGCUUUGUGCCUCCGGGCUCCAAAGUGACAUCGUUGUGGAUGUUGAGCAGAUGAGCUUCCACCUACACAAGUUUCCUCUUGUAUCCCGUUGCCGACGCAUCGCGAGUCUCGUAGAGCGAGCGAGCAGGGAAGAUGAAGAUACCUGCGACAUUCGCCUUGAAAAUUUUCCUGGCGGAACGUUGGCCUUCGAGCUUGCCGCCAAGUUUUGCUAUGGGAUGAAGGUGGAAUUCACUCCUUGCAAUAUUGUUGCCCUACGUUGCGCUGCAGAGUAUUUAGAAAUGACAGAAGAUCUUGCAAACCAGAAUUUGAUUGAGAGAUCAGAGUCCUUUCUCGAAGAGGUAGUGCUCCGGAAUUGGUCAGACUCCAUCGCCGCAUUGCAGAGCUGCCCAAAUUUUUACCCCAUGGCCGAGGAACUUGGUCUUGUGGACAGACUGAUAAACUCCGUAUGUGCUAAAGCAAACAUGAACGAUUCUUCAAGAAGAGUAUGGCCUAUGCGAGGUCAGCGUGCAUUGCAAUCCCCUGGCGGUAGCCUGCUCUGGAACGGUAUUAGCACGGGAGCCAGGGCUAGAGUACCUGGAGACGGCGACAAUUGGUGGUACGAAGACAUCUCCGUUCUAAGUCUGACAUUGUUUGAGAAAGUUGUGCUUGGAAUGGAAGCUGCCGGUGUUGGUGGCGAGAGCAUAUGGGGUGCAGUUGUCCACUACGCAAAGAAAGCCCUGCCAGGUCUCCACAGACGCCACAGUGGACGCGAACCAGCUCACAGUCACCGCAAGGCGAUUGUACCCGCAAACCCUAUCGUCCAGGAGAACGAGCAGCGAAUUCUGCUUGAAACGAUUGAGUCUCUCCUCCCUCUGUUGAAAGUUGGAAGCUCCACUCGGUUUCUUUUUGGAUUACUGCGAUUAGCUAUAAUACUAAAUGCUAGCUCACAAUGUAAGAGCAGCUUGGAGAAGAGGAUAGGCAUGCAGCUGGACCAGGCCACCCUUGAUGAGCUUUUAGUGCCGAAUUACUCUCAUGUAGAGGAGACACUCUAUGAUAUUGAUUUGGUGCAACGGAUUCUGGACCAUUACUUGAUGUUGGAGCAAAAUAUUCCACCCGAGUCAGAUGAAGAGGGUCUGCUCUUGGGCUCCCCCUCUCUCUGUCCUAUUAUGAUGGUUGCGAAGCUCAUAGAUGCUUAUCUCGCCGAAAUUGCGCCAGAUGUCAAUCUGAAGCCUACGAAGUUCAUAGCAUUAGCUGAGGCGUUGCCUGAUUAUUCCAGGUUUUUAGACGAUGGGCUAUAUAGGGCAAUUGAUGUGUACUUGAAGGCUCAUCCUUGGUUAUCGGAAUCAGAGCGAGAGAUGGUGUGCAAGGUUAUGAGCUGCCAGAAACUUUCCCUAGAAGCGUGUACACACGCUGCACAGAAUGAGAGACUGCCGUUGCGAGUGGUUGUGCAGGUUCUCUUCUUUGAGCAGCUACAGCUGCGGAACGCCAUAGCUGGGUCCUUCUUGGUUGCAGAUACCGUGGGGGCCUCUGGUAGGCAGCUAGGGCAGCAGCAUCAUGCAGGGCCAGGAGGGGCAAGGCAAGGAGAGAGUUGGGACGAUUCUCUGGAGGUGGGUCAAAAGCUGAAAGAUGACAUGGGAAAGAUCUUGGCACGCGUCAGUCAGCUGGAAAUGGAAUGUGGGACGAUGAGACAGGAGAUUGAGAAUCUUCACAGGGCGAAGAAGCCCGUGAAUCCGCUGUCGAAAGCAUUCGGUUGCAAGAUGUUUUCUACUGUUGUUCCUUCAACUGGGGAGGUGAAAAGAGGCCACCGCCGGAGUCUGAGUGGAAGUCUAGGCUUCACAGGGGAGCAGGUGUAGUAAAGACCGCGCUUGGGCUAUUCCCAGGCCACACGACUUGACAUGUACUAUUUUUUUUCCAGGCUUUGCCGCUAUUUACUGCAAAUAAUCGUGUAUGGGAGCCCUCAACCCGGAAAAAGGAUCGUUGAACUUGUAUUAGCUUGCAAGGCCCUCACUUUUUGAUGUCUCUUUCUAUUUGUAAAUAUACUCUGUAGGUGUAGAACUCAGCUCCAGGAAGGGAGGUUAACACCGUCGUAUGGUGUGUUUUCUCCAUCGAUAGGCGUAAUCAGCAGAAACCAUUUGUACCUUCUCUUGGUAGGUUACUUUCAGGUUGCUGUCGAGUUGAGAUUAAAAGCCAAUUCAUUGGGUGGACAAUCCAACGUAGUCGUUUUCUGCCAGGGUAUACCUGUGAAAUCUUGAAGGGUUAAUAGAUAUAUGGCAGUCUAGCUCCACAUCUAUUACUAUUAUCAUUAUUAUUCUUAUUUUCGGUUAGCUUGAACAGCUGUAGACUAUUACACAAGCUUAGAGCGCAGAUUAGCAGACCUGUUUGACUGGAAACCAGGAACUAGUAGUCUCCGAAUGUUUUUAGUGAUGGACCAUUUGGUAAUCGAAGGCUAUUCAUUCAAGUGCAUUUCGACUUUA